GGGCGCCCAGUGCGCAGGCGCCGGCCGUGAGGACCGACCGUGCGCUGGGCUCCAGCGGGUUGGAGCGGCGGCAGUGGAGGGGACGCGCGGGCUGGCGAACUGACGGGCGGACGGGCCAUGUCGCCCCGCACCUGCUGAACUGGAGCACCCGAGGAUGUCUACGCUGAGGAAGGCCUUCCCACCAUCUGAGGCCCGGCCGUAGCAGCCCGGUUUCCCAGCAGCUGCCCGUGAACACCCGGCCCGCACCGGCUCCGCCACCAUGGGGACUGCUCAGGUUUUGCCCGGCAUUCUGCAGAAGCAUUGCUGUAUCUUACCAGACAGGAACACAGAGUCCCAGUGCACCCUCUGCGGGGAGCCGGAAGAGGAAGAGGGCGGGGACCUGGUCCAGCCGGGCAUCAGCUUUCCGGGGCCGGCCAAGGAGGAUCUAGACCAGCCGCACUCAUGGUCCCCGACUCAGCACUUCAAUGAAGACAGGUACUCCCCUGCACUGAGGGCUAUGAAAGGCUUACCCGGGAGUCGGAACCAGCCCCCGCUGUGCUCCGGCCACACCUGUGGCUUGACGCCCCCCGAGGACUGCGAGCACAGCCACAGCUACCUGCACCGUGGCCCGGAGGCGCGGCAGCCCUACCUGCUCAGCCCGGCCGAGAGCUGCCCGAUGGAGCGUCACCGCUGCUCCCCGCGGGCCUCCGUCCACUCUGACUGCGUGAUGCUGCCGGUGGCGCUGGGAGACCACGUGUCCAGCAGCACCUUUCCCCGGAUGCACUACAGCUCCCACUACGACACCAGGGACGACUGUGCCGUGGCCCACGCUGGCGCCAAGACCAACCGGAUCCCGGCCAACCUGCUGGACCAGUUCGAGAAGCAGCUGCCCCUGCACAGGGACGGCUUCCACACGCUGCAGUACCAGCGCACCUCCGCGGCUGCCGAACAGCGCAGCGAGAGCCCUGGCCGCAUCCGCCACCUGGUCCACUCCGUGCAGAAGCUCUUCACCAAGUCCCACUCCCUGGAGGGCUCGUCCAAGGGCCACGUCAACGGCACCAAGGGGGACGGCCGGGCGGACGAGCACGCCCACGGCCACCACUCCAAGCACAGCAAACGGAGUAAGAGCCGGGAGCGCAAGGCCGAGGGCCGGCACCGCUCGGGACUCAGCAGCUGGUGGAGCUCGGACGACAACCUGGACAGUGACAGCACCUACCGAGCCUCCAGCGUGCUCAGCCGUCACCCCGCCGACCCCACGGCCCACUGCUACCCCGACGCCCUGGCCAGCCCCUUCGGGGACCUCUCCCUGAGGAUUUCCAAGAGCAACAGCGACGUCAAGUGCUCAGCCUGUGAGGGCCUGGCCCUGGCGCCGGAAGCCAAGUACAUGAAGCGCAGCUCCUGGUCCACGCUCACGGUGAGCCAGGCCAAGGAGGCCUACCGCAAGAGCUCCCUGCACCUGGACAAGCCGCUGGGGCCCCCGGAGCUGAAGCCGCCACUGCGGCCCUGCCACUACCUGCAGGUGCCCCAGGACGAGUGGGGAGGGUACCCCACGGGGGGCAAAGACGAGGAAAUUCCCUGCAGAAGGACGAGGAGUGGCAGUUACAUCAAAGCCAUGGGUGACGAGGAAAGCGGGGAGUCGGACUCCAGCCCCAAAAUGCCCCCCAAGGUGGCGCUCCGGCCAGAGCCCCUGCUCAAGUCCAUCGGACAGAGGCCGCCGGGAGACCUCCAAACCCAGAGCUACCUGCAAGCUGCCAGUGACGGGCCUGCCGGCCACAGCCUGGACCCCUCUGCCAACUACAGCUCCCCGAAAUUCCGCUCCCGGAACCAGAGCUACAUGCGGGCCGUCAGCACCCUCAGCCAGGCCAGCUGCGUCAGCCAGAUGAGCGAGGCAGACGUCAAUGGGCAGCUCGAGUCGGUGUGUGAAUCCGUCUUCAGUGAAGUGGAGUCUCAGGCCAUGGACGCCCUGGACCUCCCGGGAGGCUUCCGCACGCGGAGUCACAGUUACCUCCGAGCCAUUCAAGCUGGUUACUCCCAAGACGAUGAACGUAUCCCCAUGGUGAUUCCCUCUGACGUCAGCUCAACUGCUAGACCCUCGGCAGCCGUGUCCUACACCAACUACAAAAAGACACCACCGCCCGUACCCCCCCGCGCCACCUCCAAGCCUCUGAUCUCGGUGACGGCGCAGAGCAGCACCGAGUCCACGCAGGACGCCUACCAGGACAGCCGCGCCCAGAGGAUGGCCCCAUGGCCCCAGGACGGCCGCGGCCUCUACAACUCCACGGACAGUCUGGACAGCAACAAGGCCAUGAGCCUGGCCCUGGAGACAGCCGCGGCCCAGCGCCAUGCCGCCGAGGGCCAGGGCGGCUUGGCGCGGACCGGUGACAAGGCCACCCUCGUGUCCAAGGCUGAGAGCUUCCUCCAGAGCCGGCGCUCCUCCAUCGGGGUCCAGGACUCUGAAUUCCCAGAGCACCAGCCAUACCCAAGGUCAGAUGUGGAAACAGCUACCGACUCUGACACGGAGAGCCGUGGCCUGCGGGAGUACCAGUCUGUUGGCGUGCAGGUGGAGAACGAGAAACGGUGCGGACGCUUUAAGCGUUCCAACAGCGUGACGGCCGCGGUGCAGGCGGACCUGGAGCUGGAGGGCUUCCCAGGACAUGUCGCCACGGAGGACAAGGGCCUGCAGUUCGGGUCCUCCUUCCAGAGGCACUCGGAACCCAGCACCCCGACCCAGUACGGGGCGGUGCGGACCGUCCGGACCCAGGGGCUCUUCAGCUACCGAGAGGACUAUCGGACCCCCGUGGACACUGCCGACCUGCCCCCUCCCGACCCCUGGCUGGAGCCGUCCAUGGACACGGUGGAUGGCGGCCGCGUGUCUCCGUGCCACAGGGACGGCUCUUGGUUUCUGAAGCUGCUGCACAGCGAGACGAAGAGGAUGGAAGGCUGGUGCAAAGAGAUGGAGAGGGAAGCGGAGGAGAACGACCUCGCGGAGGAAAUUCUCGGGAAAAUCAGGAGCGCUGUUGGCAGUGCCCAGCUUCUGAUGUCGCAGAAAUUCCAACAGUUUUACUGGCUUUGCCAACAGAACAUGGACCCCAGCGCCAUGCCCAGGCCCACCUCGCAGGACCUGGCCGGGUACUGGGACAUGCUGCAGCUGUCCGUCCAGGACGUCAGCAUGAAGUUUGACGAGCUGCACCAGCUGAAGCUCAGUGACUGGAAGGAGUUGGCGUCCCCGGAGAUGAAGGAAGAAAGAAAGGUCCCCCCUCCAAUACCAAAGAAGCCCCCCAAAGGGAAACUUCCCAUCACCAGAGAGAAGUCUCUGGACCUGCCGGACAGACAGCGCCAGGAGGCCCGGAGGCGUCUGGCGGCCGCCAAGAGGGCAGCGUCCUUCCGCCAGAGCUCGGCCAGCGAGCGGGCCGACAGCAUCGAGAUCUACAUCCCCGAGGCCCAGACCCGGCUCUAGGGCUCCGGGCCCGCCCCUCCCUCCCCUUCUUCCCAUCACCCGCGCCAUGCAUCCCAUCCCUGGUCACUCCUGUGUCACUCCUCCAGCGAGCUCGCCCCGGCUGUUGUGUUUGUGCCAUAAACACCCUGGAACACCCUGACGUCCACGGUUUGCGAGCUCACGGCCACGACGACUUCUCCCCGGAUGGCCUGGCUUCCCGUCAGCAGGGAGGGAGAGGCGUGGGGACACCUGACAUACCCACUCUGUUCUCAGAGGGGUACGAGGAACACCUCUCGAGAUGGAACCCAGUUCACACUUUGUUAUUUAUAUUUUUAUAAAUUGUGUGAUAUUAGAGGCAAGAAUAACAAAAAAAACUAUGAAUGGGUGCAUCUCCCCACUCACUCGAGGCAUUAGACACCCAAGAGGAAGGUGCUACAGCUUGAGUGCAGGAAAGAAAGACCCCACCGUGGCCUGGGGUCACCGCGCCCUCAACCCAGCUGACCCCUCACGUGGUUCUCUGUGCCAAGUCUAUGGUGAUGAGAAGUCAUCUCUCCAGCCGCCAAUCUCCCCGCCGUGUGCUUCUCCAGAAACCUGGGGGGUGAGAAGUCCGCCCCCGCCACAGAUAUUCAGCGCAGCAUCUUCACAGUCAGAAAGUCAGCUGAAUGUUCAUUCACGCAGGGAGAGACAGAUGGAAACAGAGCAGAGUCUUAAGAAAGGCUGGCACUCCUGUAGCAGGAGUAGAAAAGAGCAAAGAGUUGUCCUCACUCAGAUAAAAGAGUCAUUUAUUUUUUAUUCCUUUGUCACUUAAAAUGUCACACAUGGUUCUGUCUUUAAGUUUCACCCUUUAGGCACCAUGUGAUUUUUUUCUUUAUAGAUGUAUAUAUAUUCUCAAAUGCUCUGUCAGUUGACUUUCCAGGGUAUCCUUAAAAAACAGAACAAAACAAAAAACGUUUGCUUGUUUAAAAUGACAGUCGUGAUGUUGUAAAAAGUGUAAGAAACAUGAAUGUGAGUGGUAAGUCUCUCUCAGUUUAAAUGGUAAAGAAGAAACGUAGUUUACAUUUGUAUUUUUCCAGAAUUCGUUUGUCCUAUGCAGUAUGGCUAAAGUCAAGAAUACAUUUCUUGCCUGUUUUAGACAAAAAGAAAAAGGGCACGUUGUGAUUUCCACCUGUGGACUUCAGCAAAAGUCCUUCGUUUUCGUGGUUCUGAUUGGCACCAGAGAAAAAUAGGAAGGUCUCUAACGGAAGGUUUCCCAUUCGUCUCAUGAAAUUUAGAUGCCGUGACCGUUGUUCCAAUCCGACGGUGUGUGUGUCUGUUCAGACCUCACUUCAGAGGAAGCGCCUGUGGAUUGAUCCAUUUGACCCCAUACUAGAGUCCUCGCUGUGACUCCAGGUAAAAGCAGGUGACGCGGCGUUUCCGCCCGAACGCCGGGUCCCCUGUGGCCCCCCGAGUGCUGUGCCCCCAGCCCAGCAGCACAGACCCUCCCCCAUAGCACUUUGUAUUCCUACCUUGACUCGCACUUUAAGACGCACCCAGCUCUCCCUGCAGCCUGGUAAUGUACGAGAGCCUUCGGUGAGGUCCUUGCACAGCUGGGGCGCGCCUUAACGCCUGCAGCUUCUCUUUUUCCUCGUAUUCUACAUUUCACGAAGCAUGGGGUUCGUAGGAGCACAGAUGAUAUUAAAGCAUGUUUAGCUUCAAAGUUUUACUUUUUUAAAGCUGAGUAGUUAAGAAUUCCCUGUAAGGACAAAACCCUGUACAUGGAACCUCAUAUCUGGUAUAUAUUUUACCAAACAGCCUUAAAAUAUAUUUGGAAGCAAAAAUCAGUACGAAUGUAUAUCCUUGAAAAAUGCAAAAAAAAAAAAUCCCCUGAAAUAUUCUUCUAUAAAUGAAUCCUAUUUCCCCCAGAGUAUUCUAAACAUUUUUUCUACCUAAAUCCUGAGUAGCAUACGAUAAUGAUGCUUCUUCCUAUAGUCAGUAUACUAUGUUAAAGACAAAUGUAUCUGCAAGCAUUGGCAUUUUAGACUCUAAACAUGAUGUAUUAUUAAGACGAACAGUUCUUUAGGAAUAACCACAGAAAACUCGGUGUGCGCUCAUUCACAUGGGGAAAUGUAAACUGCAUACGUGUUUGCCAACCUACUCACGUGUGCCUCGCCCGGAAUCUGAUGGGUUUUAUCUCAUUUCCUUGAACGUGUACAAAAUAUAUACCAACAAAUUAGAAAAUUAGACAAUAAUGAUUUUAGAUCCCAGAUUCUCUGAUGCUGACUUAAACCAAAGUACUCACUGGAUUUGGAUUAAUUUUCUUUAUGUUUCGUAGACUCAUUUUUAUCUUAAAAUCCCCCAAAGUCUUGGCCUAAACCAUCCCUUGGUGAGCAAAUUCACCUACAACUAAAUUUGACAUCAGUUGUUGAUGCAAAGUGGGGAAUGUGUACGAACCCCUGUUUGGUCCACGUUGUUCCAAAGAAGGUCGUGUGACGGGGGGCAGGGGGGAUGCUUGCAGCUGCGUCUGAUGGAAUGGUACCCGUUUGUGUGACACGACCAAGUGCAAUAUAUCCGUUCUCAUGGUGACAUCCCAUCAUGAAAUGCAGACGAUAAGCCAUGUUUACACAUUGUACAUGUAAAGAAAAAUAAAACUGUUUAUAAUACUGUGUUAGUCCCUCACACUAACUUAUUGCAGUCACUUCUACAGACACAGAACUAUCCUGUGAUCGUUUCACCACGUCGUGGAUAUAACUUUACUGAAAGAUUAUACGUAAAUUUGAGAAUAUGGUUGAAAAUGAUAGUGCACGAUGUUCUAGGAACAUUGUGCUGGGAAGCGCCAUGUUCUCUGUGAUCACAGACUUGUAUUCCCUGAAGAUACAGCCCAUAACCGUUAUAACCCAGGUACCCCUUUAGAAAUCAUUUUCCUCACAGCCAACAAGUUGAUGUUGCCAUGCUGAAGGCCCUGCUUAACUUUCCAAAUCAGAACACAAGUAUGAUAAACGGGGUCCUAAAGUUUAACAAAACCCAAACAAGGCAAAUGUCACUUGUUCACAAGUGCGCUUUCGAUGUGAGUCAUCUCAUACAUCUUCAUUUGUUAUUGUUGUCUUUAACUUAAUAGUAGUUGUUCUCAGUGACCAUCAUUACCAUUUUUUUCUCAGCAAAUUUAUAGAACCAUCCUAGAAUGGGGUAUGGAGAAUCGAACUGUUGUAUGAUACAAAAAAAUUACAUUUUUGUUUAAAAGGAAAUGUUGUUGAUGUUUGCACCUCAAGAUCGAUACUAAAGACUUCCAGCAGUAAAUAGUAGAAAAGUGUAUUAGGGAAAAUAACAGAUUACAUUUAAGAUUCCCUCUUUAAAAAAAAGUAACCAGCAAGUCAGUGGCCCUGCUAGAUCCUGUAGAAGUGGCCAAAUUUAUGACCAGAAGACAACACGAUUCCACAGCCCACAGAUGCAUGGGCUUUGAACAUUUCUUUUGGGGUCUGUGCUCCCGUUUGCCUUUCCCAAUACCAUGUGGAGCAACCAGUGUAUCCGUCACUUUAGUUCAAAGAUCCCGCGUUGCAUAUUCACUCAAAUCCACGGCCCGAUCCGGGAUGGACUCUACCUGGAAAGAAAAGUCAUGUUGCAGACGUUUGGUCCAAGUGCCUGGAGUGACUCUGAAUGUGGGCUCUUCAAAGCAGCUGCCUGAUUUGGGCCAAAGCUUUCAGUGGUGAGCAGGGAGCAGAAGAAAGGAGGAACGGUCCUCAUCAGAAAGCCUUUUCCCGUCGGCAGUAACUGGGUCAAAUCGCACAGACCUCGAGCGCCCUGAGGAUCUGGAGGCCCCUGGGGCAUCUCAAGGGAGACGUGGCCAAGGCCUGAGCUGCUUUUCGCUGGCAGAGCCAUCAGCCUCCUUCAGGGUUCUGUCGGGUUCCCAGAAGGUCCCACGUGCCUCAUCUGGAAUCAGCUUGGGAACGUGUGGGCCCCCAGGCUGGCCAGAGUCACCAGCACCUGGUCCAGGGGAGUGGAGGCCUCCAAGAACUUCGGCCAGUGAGGCAGGGACGUGCCCACCUCGGAUGGAGAAGGGCAGCCCCGACGGUUCAGCCUGGGGAGGGCACGUGGAUGCCGCAUCUCCCUGCCUUUCUGAAAAGGGACGUUCCUGUCGCGUCUCCCAGAUGGACCCAAUGGCUCCAUCCCGCAUCUUUCACCUGUGCACGUUUCCCAGGCACCUCCUUGCUUCUCAGAGCCUGAACCGCUGAUUAUUUUUUUUCCUUUUACUGCAAAUUUAACAUACUAAUCAGGUAGUUGAAGACAGUGGUUUCAUAUACUAGCCCCUGAGGUUCUCCUUUGUUUUUAUCUGCAUACUUGCUUACACUCGUUUGAAAGUUUUGGUUGACUACAGGGUUCCAGAAUUUGAAAAUAAAAUAGAAAACCUCAAGCGUAAGUAACCAAGACUGUAGCAGCUGCUGGUAGUAGGUACGUUUCACCACCAGGCUGGAGCCGUGGAAGCGGCUUCAUCAGCACCCCCUGCACCAUUUGUCAUAAAGCUCGCGGCAUCAGGUCCCGUCAGAGCCCUGUGCCUUCACAGCAAGGGUCAACCUGGUCCCUUUACUAAGUUGACGGUUGUAGUAAGUGUGGGCAGUGGACGCAAUGCUGGGAAAGGUGCCCUUUUACAGUUUAAGGAAACGCCCUUUAGCACAGAGUGGCUGCAGAGGGUUCUGGAGUCGAAUGAGAAGCCCGGCUUCUGUUCCUACAUCAGCCGCAACUUCUCUUGACCCCGCGUCUCAGUUUUCUCCCAUCCCCGUCGCCCUCACAGACGUUUUGUGAAGACUGAUGACAUUCACAUCCUCUGAGCUCCUUGGAAUCAGGUGUGAAAGUGUCUGUUCUCGAUAAAGCUGAUGCCCACGGCCCCCUUCUGUGUGGCGGAUGCUUGCGGAGGUCAAGUCACUUCCUGAGCAUCUCAGAGAUGGUCAGGACCACCAGACGCAGCGGUCCCCUCCUGAGAGGGCUGUCUGGGCUCGGCAGGAGGCUGCCAGGAGCUCCGUGAAGGCCUGGAAAUGGAGAACUACCGGGGGCCUUUCUCCAUUUCUUCUAGCUUUGAUGGCAAGCGCUUCUAGAUGUUUCCACGAACAAGGACCAGGCACCACCCAGAAUGAGGUGAUGUUUUCACCACUGCUUAAGCACAGCGUCAUCUUAGAUGAAAUGACGAGCUCUUAAGUGAAACGUGAACGUGAGAGAGAAAAAAUAAUUUGGAAACAGAAAGCUGAGCAUGUGGGACAGUGCCGAGGAUGGACUCAGACGUACCAAAAUCGCUGAAGGUUUGUGAAACUGGCCCCUCUGGCCUGGCUUUUUAUAAUGACCCCGUUUCACACCUCAGAGAACGUGAAGUGCCCCGUGGGAAUGCUCCGAGGAAACUCCACCUCUUCAUCCUUGCAACAUCGAGAAAUCCACGUAAUUUCCUGAAUUGCUGUCCUAACCCUGGCAUUUUGAUCCAGCAUUUAAAGAAAUUAUUUCAAGUUUCAAUCUCGACUCUUGACAGAUGACUUCUUUGCAGAGGAAAUGUUAGUUACCUACGACAACACUACUUUUUAAAAGAUUUUGUAUACACACACACACACACACACACACACACACACAGGUAACGGGGGUUUACCUCCCUUUCUUAGAUUUUAUGUGACUUCAUCACGGGUGCUUAUUCUGAACCUGAAAGCCUCGGGAACGAAACGAUCACAUCCUCAGUGGAGGAGAGGCGACGGUGAAAGGAAAGGUCUCUGCCUGAUCUGUGUACACAUUUCUGUCUUACAAGCAGACCAGGGAGAGGAUGUCGGUUCGUGCUGGCGAACAGGCAAGAAGGGAGCUCCAAGGCUGUCUGUGGUACCUCACAGGUGCCAUUCACCCGCUCUUUGACACCCCCCUACCCAUCUCACCCCGCCACGGCCCAGCCCAUCGCUUGACUACUAUCACAUCACUUAAAGGGCUCAGUACGUCUCUCUCCCUCCACUUUAUAACUGGUUUGCUGAAUUCAAAAAGUUUCCCCUCGCCGGUAGUGAAUCCUAGGCUACUUCUGAACUCUUAUUUCCAAAUACUGUCACUUUCCUCCCCGUGCGGGUCCUCCCCGCCCGGAGAGCGGUCCACACACCCACCCCCCAUGUCACAAUACCCAGGUGUGGCCUAAGGACUAAAGGAAAUGCCUCCUACAGAAAUUCAAGGAAUGUUAGAACCAGGAAACUAGCUGUUAACGUUUUUUGUUUUUUUUUAAAAGUAUAUAAAUAUAUAUAUAAAUAUAUAUACAUAUGAA